AUGUUGAAAGACAGCGGAAUAUUGGCGAUAUCAUAUGCUCCGAAAACAACUACUCACAUCUCUACUGCUACGGAUUAUGUUCUAGUUUAUGCCAAGAGUUUAGAAAAAGCCCAGACUGGUAAACUAACUCAAACCGAAGCCCAAAAGGCUCGUUUUUCUAAUCCUGAUAAUGACCCCAAAGGCCCUUGGCAGGAAUGGGGCUCGGAAUAUGAGGAAAAAAAGUUGGAUGAUGGUUGCGUUCCUGGAUUAAUUUUAAAAGGGUUUGAUUUAAAGCAUUUAGAAAAUCCAAAAAAAGAUCCAGUUUUUAGACGAGCGAAAGAAAAAGCUAAUGAGAUCCAAGCCGGAACCGCGGAAUUAAAAGCAAGAGUAGAUUUUAAAGGUGAUUUUAUUGGAGGAGGACUAGUUUUAGACCCUUUUGCCGGUUCAGGAACAACAGGAGAAGCAAUUUUACAACUGAACCAAACCGAAAAAACUAACCGAACAUUUACUUUGAUAGAACAAGGAAACCCUCACAAUGGCGACACUUUUGCCCGCAAUUUAUUAGUUCCUCCCGACGACAAACCCCAUGAACCCUUACCAGGAGAUUUUAAAUAUCUCAAACUAACUAAACAAAUCGAUUCCCAAACUAUUUUAGAAAUGGAACGGGAAGAGUUAAUUGAGGCUAUUUUAUCUACUCAAUUAGAUACAACUCCUUUAUCUGAAAAAAAACGGGAAAGUCAAAUCACCGAAAAAGUUUACCGGCAAUGUGCAUUAGAAGGUAAAGAUAAUAAAUUAACCCCUAUUUAUCACAUUUACGCUCGCACCCAAGUCUAUUCCCCUCGUCCAGUUAGCUUCCAUAAAAUCCCCGACCAUUUAUUAUUAGAGUUUGGAAUUACCCUCAUGAGUCAAAUAACCUCUUUUAACUUACAUGGUUACCAACGCCAAGCGGCCGACCAAUUAACCGAAAAAUAUCUUGAUUACCGAAAAAAUCCGCUCAAAGUCAAAGGUCAAACUAUACCUUUUUUGAAAUUAUUAUCGAGUGUUACCGGCAGUGGAAAAACCGCCAUUCUUGCUCAAACUGUCAGCAAUCUUUUAACUUAUUAUCCCGAAAUUCAACCCCUUAUUUUUUGGUUAAGUUGUAAUAAGGUAGUAGUUCAGCAAACUUACCAUAAUUUAAAAGAGAAAUAUAAAAGUCUAGUUCUUUCGGCUCAAGUAAAAUCUUUUUUAGGUAUUUCUCCGAGCGACAUUACCCAACUAGACACGCCACUAAUUUACGUUGACACUAUUCAAAAAUUUAGCGUCCAAAAUAAAGAAACUCAAUUGAUUAAAGAGAGAAAAGAUUAUUUAACCAAGAAAAAAAGAGAUUUAAUUGUUAUUUAUGACGAGGCCCAUAAUUUGACUGAUAGCCAAGUUGAAAAAAUUUUAGAAUUACAACCCCAAGCCCUAAUUUUAGCCUCAGGAACCCCUUCUUUGCCCUCUAAGUUAACCGACUACCAAAGUGAAUUAAAAGAUAAUGGUUUUGAACCUCUUUACGUAGUUCCUUUUACAGAAGUAAAAGAGAAAAAAAUGGUAAAAGGAAAAGUAGUGUUAGGAGGCUAUAAAUCGCAAAUGGAGGAGGUUUUGAAUGAAAUGUUGGAUAAAGACUGGAUGGAAUUAAAAAAGGCCGCGGAAAAAGAAGGUUUGCCUACUCCUAAAAUUAUCUAUGUUUGUAAGACUAAUUUGUUGGAAUUAUCAUCUACCAAAACUAAAGGAAGCAAAAGAGAUAAUCCCCAAGUUCCUUUUGAAUUAAGGAACGCUCCUCCUAUUUUAAUUUGGCGACAUCUAGUUAAACGAAAAGGAGUUGACCCCUCUACUAUUGCUAUUUAUGCUGAUGUAGCAGUGGCAAAAGAGGAAAAAUAUGCUCUCGAUAUUGAAUUUACUCUCAAUUUAUUUAAUAAGGGGAAAUCUAGCCCUUCUGAAAACACUUAUGAGAAAUUUAUCCAAGGGAAUUAUCAACAUAUUAUUUUCAAUAAAUCACUGGCGGAAGUCGCAGUAGAACAGAUAAUUGGCCGAGUUUUACGGCAACCUUUUUGCCGGUAUUAUGCUAGCGAAGAACUAAAUAAAGCCUAUUUUCAUAUCCGAAUAGAUGAAAACAAGGUAUUUGAGAAAAUUAUUAAUGAACUGAAUGAGAAAUUAAAAUUAGGAGGAGAUAUUGAAAUUAAACCUCCCAAAGGAGGGAUUAGUUAUUUAAAAGAUCUUCCUCCUAAACCGGAUAAGAUAGGCAAAAAAAAAGUAGUCAAUAGAAUUCCUAAUUAUGAGAAAGACUAUCCUUUGAAACACCGGCAAAAUAUUGGUAAAGUUCAAAGAACGGAAAAAGAUUUAGGUUCUGAGGCAGACAAAGAGUUGAGAGCGGUUGGUGAGGGGUUAAUUAAUACUUAUAGAAAUGAAAGUUUAUUGCGAAUUAGUUUAGAAAAACCUUAUGAGGUGAAAGGGAUUAAAGUAGAAAAGAAAGAAACUAAAUGUCAACCAUUUAAAAAUGCUAUUCAUGAAAAAUAUAGUGGCUUAAACAAUUUAGAAAAAAGAACUGCUACCGAAUUAGAUAAUUUA